AUGAACGUACAGCUGGUUGCUGCAGACAAGUUGUCACAGUGUCCUCCGGAAUUGUUUGAUGUGAUCCUGGACGAGAACCAGCUUGAGGAUGCUUGUGAACACCUGGCAGAGUUCCUGGAGGCUUACUGGAGAGCAACACACCCACCUAACAUGAGUCCUCCGACCACCCUCAGUCCCAACAGAGCUCCAUCGGGGUCAUCGUCGUCGGUGCCGCUGUCUCGGCACAACACCUUACCUGCCAGUCACUUUUCACACAG